CCCCUUUUACGAUUCUCGUGCGCCUUGUUGAAACAGGUCGGAGUACGAAAUGAUGAAUUGUUAAUCUAAGCAUCACAGUACGAUUGAUUUUAGAGAAGUUUUACAUUCAUGAUUUAAUAUACUACAUGUAUAUCGCCAAAAAGAGUAUAUUUUAAUAAUCGUUUUUCACAUCAUACCGCUGAGCAGUAUCCCAUAAAAUGAAACAAAUUCUUUGUGGCAAGAUAGGGAACAGCAUUCUGCUGAUCUCGAAGACGUCCCGAUAUCCUGUGUCUAUUGUCAGUACAAGGAACUUGACAUCAGGCAGAAUGAACAGAAUUUAUAGGCCACUAUUAUCAUCACCACAUCUACGUUAUUUUGGAAAGCCAAACCGCAUGUAUGCCAUGUUAAUUGGAAGAGUUUUAAGAGGAGCAUUGAAAAUUCGGUAUCUUAUAUUGGGAGGUGCAGUUGGUAGUGGAGUAACAUUACAAAAGAAAUAUGAGCAAUGGAAAGAAGUUUUACCAGACUUGAGCUGGUUAAAUGACUGGUUGCCAGAGGAAAGUGAAUGGCAAAAUUUUCGUGGAACAUUAUUAUCAGUGAAAAAUAGUAUAGUAGACAAAAUAGAGAUUGAUCCAGCUCUAAAGCAGUAUGGGGAAAUUAAAUAUAGACAAUAUAAACAGUGGUUUGAUCAAAGACUGAAUGAUGCUAUAAAGGCAGCAGAAAUCGACCAGAAUGAAUCAGGUAUAUUUCACACGAUCUCGGCAUUAGUAAACCAACUUUAUUCAGAAACAAAGGAUCAACUCUUAAACAAUUCUGUUGCGUUUGCUCGACCAUUAAUCGACGAUAAUGUCGAAGAAGAACGUAAGAAAGCUCAAAAGACGCAGGAGGAAGUGCUGGAAAUACAAUUGAAGUAUCAACGUGAACUCGAAAGAUUAGAGAGAGAAAACAAAGAAUUACGAAAGCAGAUGCUCUUACGGGGCAAUCAGAAACUAAGCAACAAAAAGAUAAAAAAGUCUUUAAUCGACAUGUAUAGUGAUGUUCUAGACGAACUUAGCGAUUAUGAUAGUGCUUAUUCCACUGCUGAUCAUUUACCGAGGGUAGUAGUCGUCGGUGAUCAAAGUUCUGGUAAAACAUCCGUGCUAGAAAUGAUUGCUCAGGCGAGGAUAUUUCCAAGAGGUAGUGGCGAAAUGAUGACAAGAGCUCCAGUUAAGGUCACUCUGAGCGAGGGCCCGUAUCAUAUAGCUCAAUUUAAAGACAGUACAAGAGAGUUCGAUUUAACGAAGGAGUCGGAAUUAGUUGAGCUCAGACGCAUAGUCGAGUAUCGCAUGAAAAAUAGCGUGAAAAAUGGGAAGACAGUCAGUCAGGAUGUAAUAUCGAUGACAGUUAAAGGACCGGGGCUUCAGCGUAUGGUUCUGGUUGAUCUGCCUGGUAUAAUUAGUACAGUUACGGUAGACAUGGCCGAAGAUACCCGGGAUGCGAUUCGACAAAUGUCUGAGCAAUAUAUGAGCAACCCCAACGCGAUUAUCCUCUGCAUCCAAGAUGGAUCUGUGGAUGCUGAAAGAAGCAACGUGACAGAUCUUGUGUCGAAGAUGGACCCCUCUGGCAAACGGACGAUCUUUGUUUUAACGAAGGUAGAUCUAGCGGAGGAAAAUUUGGCAAGUCCCGACCGACUUCGUAAAAUUCUGUCUGGUAAAUUGUUCCCUAUGAAAGCGUUAGGUUAUUUCGCUGUCGUCACUGGUCGCGGUAAGAAAGAUGACAGCAUAGAAACGAUCAGAACUUACGAGGAAAAGUUCUUUAGGAAUUCGAAGCUCUUCAAGGAUGGUUUAGCGAUGUCUAGCCAGGUUACUACGAAAAAUCUUAGUCUCGCGGUUGCGGAGUGUUUUUGGAAAAUGGUCCGCGAGACUGUCGAACAACAGGCAGACGCAUUUAAAGCAACUAGGUUCAAUCUUGAAACAGAAUGGAAAAAUAAUUUCCCAAGGUUGAGGGAAUUGGAUAAAGACGAACUUUUUGAGAAAGCCCGGGGAGAGAUACUGGACGAAAUUGUGAACUUGUCCCAAGUUUCACCACGACAUUGGGAAGAGAAAUUGUUAGUCAAAAUUUGGGACAAAGUUAGCAUGCAUGUGUUCGAGAACAUCUACUUGCCCGCUGCUCAAAGUGGAGACCCUGGUACGUUCAACACAACUGUCGAUAUAAAACUUCGACAAUGGGCGGAACAACAAUUGCCAGCUCAGAGCGUUGAGAGCGGUUGGGAAUCUUUGCAGCAAGAGUUUCUUCAUUUUAUUAGCCAAGCGCGAUUGAGCGCCGACCACGACGACAUUUUUGACAAUUUAAAAAACGCGGUCAUUAACGAGGCGAUGGGUCGACAUACUUGGGAAGAAAAAGCAUCUGAAAUGUUACGCGUUAUUCAACUGAACACUUUGGAAGACAGAAGCGUGAACGACAAACGGGACUGGGAUCAGGCAGUGCGUUUCUUGGAAAACUCUGUCAAGGAGAAACUGAAUAGUACGGAGAAAAUUUUGUACGAAAUGUUGGGACCUGGCAGGACGGAGCAAUGGAUGUACUGGCGAAGGAAAAACGAAGAGCAACAGAAUCGUACAGCGGUGAAAAAUGAAUUGGAUAAAAUUCUGCAUUCGGAUAAAAAACACGAUCCCGUUCUAUCGCAGGACGAGCUCACGACAAUUAAAAAAAACUUGCAACAAAAUGGUCUGGAGGUCGACAGUGAAUUUGUUCGUGAAACGUGGCAUCAUAUUUACAGGAAAUUCUUUCUACAACAAACUUUGGCCAGGGCGUACGAUUGUAAAAAAGGAUUUUAUUUGUACCACACGGGGCACGAAAAUGAAAUGGAAUGUAACGAUGUCGUGCUGUUUUGGAGGAUUCAACAAAUGUUGAAAGUCACCGCUAACGCCCUUCGACAACAAAUCAUGAAUCGCGAAGCUCGUAGAUUAGAUAAAGAAAUUAAAGAGGUAUUGGAAGAUUACAGCCAAGACGCCAAAAUCAAGUAUAAGUUACUAACGGGAAGACGAGUUACGUUGGCAGAGGAACUUAAACGUGUUAGGCAGAUCCAGGAGAAGCUUGAAGAAUUUAUUCAAGCGCUAAACAAAGAGAAAUGAAGAGAAUAAACUAAGAAUAUUGUGGAUAGUUCAAACCUGUGGUGCGUGACAUGUGAUAAAUAAUACAGAGUGAUUCUCUUACUAGAGAUCCGGAAAGCGGUAGCCGCAAUUCGCCCGGUGGUAACAUUGCCGUGACAUUAAAACCUGAUGUCGAUAUAAUGUUAAAAUCGAGAGAAUUGCGAUUACCGUUCUUGGUGCAUCCAGCGAGAUAAUCAUCUUGUAUGAUAGCCCUGGUGGCUAAUGCGCGAAUGUUUACAUAUUAAUUUACAUUUCUCAUCAUCAAACGACGGGACAGAUUAUUACUAGUCAUCAAUUUCUAGAGACACUAUACAAUUAAAAAAAAACACAGUUCCGACGUACGAAUUCAUUGUUCGGUUUUAACAAUGAAAUUACCGUUGAAUACGUAUAAUGAUCGUGCAGCGUCUAUGAUUUACGAUUUACGCAUUUGGCAACACGUUUUUCUGCUCAGUCGUUAACCAUGCAAAAGCAAAUAGCAUAAAAAUUUCAGACAUCGCUUCAUAUACUCAUCGAAUAAUGCACAUGUUUGAUAACAUGAUGACUGUAGAUGUAAAAUAAAAAAAAUGUAUUUAAUUUAUGUACACAUUUAAUAUAAAUAGUCAUCGUAUUGUAUAUACGUCCAUGUAUACAGAACGAAUGGGAUAAACAAACGCUGUAUGCAUAGGAGAAAUGAUUAAAAUAAAGGAAUAUACACAC